AUUUCCAAAAGCUUUAGCUCUCGACAACGUCUCAGCAAAUGGCAAAUACCUUAAUGGCGACAACUCGUCCAUACGUUCUUCUCUCCUCCACAAGAGCGAGCCUUCAUAUCUUUCUCCGGUCUCCGAAGAAACCCUUUCAGUCUUCAUUUUUAUCAACUCUCUCAUCUUCCGCCGUGAGAAGCAGCAACUUAAGAUGCAUCAGCGCCGUUUUGUCUCGUGGAGAGACUGCUGCGCCGUCGUCGAUUUACGGCAACGGAGUUUCUAGGGUUUCUGGGUUUGGCGUUGUGGGCAUUCGCAGCCGUAAUUUCAGUACUAGAUCCUCUCAAAUCAACGAUGCUGGGUCUAUUGAUCAAACACUUAUGCAAUCCAUGGAACAAAAGAUCAAAGAACAAUUGAAUGCAGAGUCAGUUUCUGUGAUGGAUAUGUCUGGAGAUGGGCGCCAUGUUUGCAUCAAUGUGGUAUCAUCGGCCUUUGAGGGACAAUCUGCUGUGAACAGGCAAAGAAUGGUCUACAAAGCCAUUUGGGAGGAGCUUCAGAAUGUAGUUCAUGCCGUUGAUCAAAUGACAACAAAGACUCCUUCAGAAGUUUGAAGCUUCAAGUUUUUCUAGACACUAAAACCAUCCUUAUCUAUUGUUUGAUUAGCGGACAAAGCUAUUUGUUUUAUCAGAAACAGAUUUGAAAUAAAGCUUUUGGCUGCUUAUUGUUGUUUGUUGAUGUUCUAAGGAUUUGGUUUGUUCUCACGCAACCGUUCGUAAACGUUAUUUUUGAGGGUGGUUGCAUUAACAUGCGAUCUAAAUCGCCCGAAAUA